GGUCCCUUCCAACCCAAACCAUUCUAUAAUUCUGUGAAAGGUGAGGAGACUGAGAAUUCUGAGGGGCUGAGGAUGGAUCCAUGUGGUUGUGGCAUGGGUCACUGGCCCAACAAGGCACCUGCAUGUUAUCAGGAAAGAAAAGAUCCCUUAAACAAGGAAAAGUGUUCCUAUUAGAUGAGUUCCCACAAGGGACCUUCCAAAUUUUGUAUGUUUCCUGAUACCCAAGCAAAUUCCUCACUGUGUUCCUUGCUGGAGGAUUGAGAAGGUAGAUUCAUUUCCACAAAGCAAGAGGGAGAGUACAGCAAAACCAGUGCAAGAGGCUGAUCCCUGGCAAGUUCAGAGAUAUCAAGAAGCACUUCGGCUCUUCAGUUGCACAACUUCAAAAAGUCAUUUGACCCGGUAUGUUGCAAUAGGUGUGUGGAGUGUCCUAGGGCUAUAUGAUAUGUCUAAGAAGCUGCUGAAAAACAUUAUGAAGAGGUGAGGUCAGCAGUCCUGGUCAAGAACAAGCUGAACAACUGGUUCAACACAAUGACUGGUAGCAGACAGGGUGACUUGAUAAUUCACAGUAACUUCUGGAGCUGCCUGUAGAAAGUGAAGGAUGGAGUUGGAGUCACCAAAGACUUGGGGCAAAGACAGAAGAUCAAAAACCUGAAGAUGAUCUCAUCUCCAGUGGUGGUGCCGGCUCAUCAGAUGUGCAGAGUCAGGUUGCUGUGUCCCAUGAUGAGUGAUGCAGAUCAAACAUUGGCAUGAGCCAGGCAAAGGCCAGGAGGAAAGGGAGAAAGGAUGAGAACUACAUAGACAGGCAGCAGCCGGGUGGACAAGAUGGACAGCCCUGUUUAUCUGAGACAUUUUACCACACAGGUCAGCAGCAGAUCCCUCACAGAGAUCUGAAGGAGGAUGUAGCUGGCACAUGUGGGCGUAGAUCAACUGAAACAGCCAUGAAAAGACACAGUGAAAGGAUGGAAGCAAAAAUCAGGCUACUCAGUUGGUCCCUGUCCUUGCUUUGUGUGCAAAGAAAAGAAUGGUCGGGAAGGUGAAACAAAAAAAGACAGCUGGGGUUUGCAAUGAAGUGUCACUGACUGUGGGACCGUGCCAGGACUGGGACAGUCAGCAGGAGGAUGUGCAAAAAGUCAUUUCUGUGAGGAAGGUCUGACUGUUGCCUGGAUGGCUAAUCUCUUCCAAGACACCCUGUUCUUUAUUCUGGUAAAGGGAAGAGGAUUAAGAUCCAGAUGUUAACAGAAAUGAGUUUAUUGCUUUUCGUUUGGAUUUUUUUGUUGUUGGUGUGCAAUUUUCUCAAUAGAGGUGUGGACCCUUCCAUUGCACCUGCCUCUGUAAGCAGCUACUUCUUAAUACUCCCCCACGGACCCUUUGGGUCCACAGUCCAUGGAUCAAAGGGGUGGAGGACAUAAAAAAAAGGAACCUGUAUUUGCUGAGCACACAGAAGCACUUGAGAAUGACUUGUAACUGCCCUUAGUGGUCAUUAGUCUGCGGGGCAAAAAAUAAAGGGCAAACCUCUCUGAAAAUGGGAGAUGGCAAAGACAAGGGAACUCGGAAGGAAAAGGGACAAAGAGCAGAUUUUUGCAUGCAGCAGUUCCAGUUCAUCCAUGAGCAAUGAAGCCACUUUGAGUUUCCAAUUGUGGGACCUGUGUCACCAGGUCACUCUAAUGGGCCAGGCAGACAGAGCCCUGACAGACAGCAACCAGCACCAAGUGUGUGGAAGAGGCAAAACCCAACUCAAAUUUCCACACUCUCCUCUUGACAAGGAGAGUGUAACCUGGCUCUUUAUGAGUCAGGAGAUUCCUGCAGAGUGGUGAAUUCACAUUGCAUAGUCCCAAAGGUUUGGAUGGGGUCCCUUAGAAAUAAAAAAAUAAAAUGUUCAGGAUGGAGAGAACCAGAUGAUUUAAUCUGGGUUGUAGGAAGGGUGAGUGAGAUAGAGGUGAUUGAGCAGCAUCAAAGGGUGACAAUCAAUUUGAAUUUCCCCAGAAGUGAUGUUGAUGCCUGUGUUGCUUCUCCCCGUGCUUUUUCUUUAAUUAAAUACCGAAUGUUCCAUUAGUAGUUGGAAUAACAUGCUGUUCUUGGGGAAAAGAAAACCCAAGUAAUCCCUUUAUCUGCUAAAAUAGAUGAUUUCUAGUAGAUUAAACAAUGGCCUUUCAGCUACCAGAGCAUAGUUCAGGCCAUAAUUGAAGUCCUCUCCUUGGCCUCUCCUCAGUCCCUCGCAGCCAGCAGCCCGUGGAGCCCCAUCAUCAGAGAUAACCUCAGUGACUCUUGUCUGCAGUGAGUGUUUCUCCAGAUGAGGAGAUUAGUCGGAGAUAAAGCAUAUUACCUGAAAAUAAUAAGUGAUUACGGUCCCGGACUGUCUCUCCACAUUCAUUUCAUGCUGGUUAACCCUUGCAAAACUGGCUGCUGGUUGGGUUUAGGUCUUUAAAGAGGAGGGAGGGUGAAGGAAGGUUUCCAGUGCCUGAGUGGAAAAGGAGGAAUUUUGCUCUUUGUUGUCUGUUUCAUUGUCUGGGUGGGGAUUUCUGGGAAUGGCAGGAGGCCUGGCUGCAUCCCACAGUCCGUGGAGGAGCUGGAACUGAGCCUUGUGGGGUUCCUGUGGGAUGCCAUCACACACUCCUCCCCGUGCUGGUCAGCUGGAAGCUGUGAGGACUUAAAACUCCCCUGCAAGUCAUCUUCCAUUCACCUGAUAGCAACCCAGGAGAACACUGGAUGCCCAGAACAUACACAGUGGUUCUAUUUCCACUGCUGCAUUGAGCAGCACCAUGCCAUGGGCCCAGCCAGUGACCUGCAACUGUCCGUGCUGUCCAGUUAUUAGCAUGUACCAGGCAUGUUUUGGGAUUUACAGUACUCUCCCAUCCCUAGGCAUGGCUCAGAGGCUAUAAACUUCUCCAGUGGGCAGUUUCCAUGGAACCAGUCUGUCACUGGGAGUGCUGGCUGGGCCGUGUGGAUGUGAGCUCAGAACACAGAACAGUCCAUGGUAUUUUUUCAUACAUGGAUGUAGCUACUCUGACUUGACAACACAAAACCAUUUAUAGCUUCUGUAUUCAUUCAUCAGCAAGAGAUCCAGAGAAAUACAAAAACCUUGCAAGGUUUUUAUAGCAAAUUUUCAAUGUGUCUAGAAGGAAAAAAUGAUCAUAUAGUGGCUUGCUAGAAAUUCAGGUUGGUUGCCUAGGGAGGAUGGAGAGAAGAAAAGUAAAAGGAAAAAGUUGAAGAAAUGCCUUGAAAUCUGCUUACAGGGCUGUGUGUUGUUACCACUGGUGGGAGUGAGUUCCUAUGCUGCAGAAAGUGUCCUGGUGGGAAGAUAAUUUCCUUGGGCUCCCUGCAAAUAUUACAGUGAAGUCCUGGCCCUGUUCAAGUCACUGGGAGUUUUGUGAGGGACUUCAUUAGCACCACAGCCAUUUCAUUCAUAAAAGGCUCCUUCCCAGCUCCUGUGCCAUUACAACAUCCUCUGUCUGUCAUCAGGCUGGUCUCCCUGAGUGAGGGGCGAGCAGGUUCAUCCUUCUUCCUCUAAAUGCUUCAUCAGCCGCUCCCUUGAAAACUGUAAAUAAAGGCCGCUGGGGAUAGCUUUUCUGCUUGACCCCUCACCUGAAAUGAAAAUAAAGGUGACUGAAUUUCAUCCUGACGUGGAGCUCCUUCCCAGGCCGGCUCUUUCCCGUGGCUGUUGACAGUUACCUGCCAAGCCCCAUGGUUACCUUUGAUUUUGCCGUAAUGACAUCUCCGUGCUUAGGAUGGCUCUGGCACUGUAAUCCCCUCUGCAGCCUUAACCAAUUUAUGGGGUAACCUGAGACCAGGCUCUCUCUUCCCCCUGAUUUUUCCACUUGUUAACACUCACUGAAGGCAUCAACAAACUAAAUGCAGAGGGUUUAUUUUGCUGCAUGCCCAGGGUUGGUCAAUAUCUGCAUGCAUGGCUGCUGUGAAUCUCGGCCUCUAGAAAGCUGCUGCAUGUUCUUGCCACAUGAAAAUGGCACAGUGUUUUAUUCCCCCAAAGUGUGCUGCUAAAAUGAAUGCUUUGUUAGCAAAACCCAGGCAGUGCUCCAAGGAGCUGUUAAGAGGAGAAGUGAGGAUUCAGCAAAGUGGGAUUUAUCCAUGGUUUUGACACAGAUUUUCUGUGUGAUCUGUAGCUUGCUUUGUCUCAAAGAGCUUUGUCUUUAAAAUACUUCCAGUCAAAGUCUUGAUGAGUCUCAUGUUUAGACUGUAAGCUUUUCAGGGCCAGGGCUUUUUUGUUUGCAUAGCAGCUUUUAUAAUAAGUCCCUGAUCUCUAGGAGAUCUACCUGUGCAUGUACAAUACAGUGCAGUGAACAAUCCUGGUGUUAGGGGAGGACAUGAGUCCUGGUCCCUGCUCCCUAAUCUGGAUUAUUUGGCUUUUCUAAAGGAAAUCUAAGGGCAGAUGAUUUACACAGCAGCAGAAGUAGAAGGAGGAUCCCUGGGGAAAGCAAACACUUGAGACUUCAAGGUGGGAUGGCUUCGGUGGCACACUUCUCCAAUGGCCAUCUGAUCCAGGAGGUGCCCACUUCCUAAGCACAGAUCAAAGACAAAAGGUGACUUCUGAAAUGACAUGCAGCCACCUCUUGCAUUGCUUAAAUUCUCUCCUCCUGCUUGUGUUUGAUCUCACUUUACUUUUCCUGUCACUGGAAGCAGGUGGUUGCUUUAUUCUCCCCGACAAGUUUAGAUGAGCUGAACAGCUCUAAUGACUGCAGUGAGGGAAUCUCUCACUGGCAUAGCCAGCCCAAACCUCGGAGCAAUCAAUGGAAAAGCUCCUCUUCACUGUGGUCAGGUGUGGAUGAGGUCUGGAUGAGCUGAUUCGGAGUGGUGGUUGUCCUGCCAGACUUGCCUUUAAGAAGCAGAUGUGGUUGUAAUGUGAGGUGAUGCUCAAGGAAAGCCCAGGUGCUCCUCCAGGCCUGUGGGCAUACAGCUGGAGAGUUUUCAUGAUGUGCUAAAAAUGCACAUUUCCUCUUUAUGUAUUGUUAGCAAAGGCUGUGCUUGUUGUUCCGGGCUCUCAGCUCUUUAGGGUGUCUUUGCUGACUGCUGGUGAAAAUGUCCAGCACAGACCAAGAGAUCUGCCAUGAAUGUGAUCACAAGUGACAGGCAUAAAUCAAGCCAAUGUCAUAUUGUAGCCAGAGCUACUUUAGAUCAAGAGACUCUCUGAGACUUGGGUCACUUGUGUGAGCUGCUCUGAAUUUUGUCUGUUUUUCCGAUUUCUCUGUAAAGCUGCUCUGCUUUACUCCUGUGAGCCUGUCUCUAAUUUUAACCUGUUUCUUCCAAGGAGAAAGAGGAGCAGAAUUUACCUAACAGGCAAGCUCUUAACAAAGCCUUGGAUACCUGAUACACAUAAUGGUCCCAGAGGCAUGUUUACUUUGGACUGAGUGAGUGAGUGAAAACCAUUUUGGAAGGACUUUUUCACCUCCAGCAACUUAACCUAACGAGGAGAAAAGUGAUGUGGUUAAAGGGCUGUUUAAACAAUGGCAUUAGGGAGCAGAUUUAGGCUCUCCAACAAAACCUAUAUGUAUUUGCCUUACACAGGUGCAUAAAUAUGCCAUGAUUUAUAUCACAGGACGCAUCACAUAGGCAGUGAUGAGAUUUCAGCCAUCCUCUGCUGAUGGAUGAUUUUUGGGGGAUAAUCAGGGACAAACAGUUGAUUGUUUUAGCAGGUUACAGUGGAACUGCCCAAAGAUUUGGAACACCACCACUGAGUUCACCAGCUGCCCUUGUCCUCUGCACAGAGGAGUGUCUGUGUAACAAGGGGUUUGGCUUUGAGGGCUCAAUCCUGUAAGUGCUUUAGGUGGAUGGAAGAGAGCAGCAGGACUGGAUUUAGGCUGAAGGAUGCUGCUUGUUUCUGCUCACAAGACACCACAAAUGCCGCCACCCAUCUGCCAAGAAAACAGGAGAGAAGGAUGAAACAACUCCAUGGGAAACGUGCCCAUGCUGGACUGCUGCAGUGCCAUGAAAGUUCAUGUUUUUAGACCCAAAUGGGUGCUGACCUCCUGCUGACAGAAUGGGCUGUCAACACCUGUCCCUUGAAGAAGAGUCCCCUCUUUGCACUUUGUCUCCUGGUGGUGAUAACCUGAAUGGAGAUUCCCAGAUUACACCCUGCCUCUUCCUCGUGCUGGGGGUCCUGCUUACCCCUCACUUCCCUCUUUCAACAUCCUCAUGGGGGCAAUGAAUCUUAUUCCUGGCCCAAGGAGCACUUGUCAGGGGCUGGGAUGACAGGGAGGUAUGUCUUCUUUGGCCGUGUUUUUGUGCCUGGAAUUGUUAAUAGCUGAGCUGGUUCCCCCAAACCCUGCCAGUGCCCAGAGCAGCGCCUUGCACAAGGGCAGUACAGGCUUAGAGAGAACUCUUGCAUUUCACAGGUGGAAAAAGACAGCAAAAAUGGUAAAUUAGGGCCAAACUGAGGUGAAAUUUAUCUCUGCAUCAUGUCGUCUAUGCAACUGCAGUCUUACUGAGGCUAUGAGAUUGACUUUCCAGAGGGAAAUUCACCCCUCCGUGCACAGGGGGAAUGACCAGCAAGAUUCCAGGAAGGACCUGCACAGCUCAGGUACAUAAAUCUCAUUGUUUUACACUAUAAUUAAGAUCAUUGACUCAAACUCUUCCUAUCUGAUUUUGAAGGACCUGAGCUCAGCUAUCACACAUUUAGGCCCACGGGCAAAUUCUCCCAAGGUGCUACUAAAACACAUAAUUGUCUGCCUUCGACUUUCUGGUCCUGGCUGACUUGUACUUUGCUUCUGUGCAUGUGUGUACCAUGAUGUGGAGAGGCCAAAAGCACCAACACCCUCAGGAAACCUCCCUGGAUGUUUGGAGUUGUCGUUGCCUUGAGAAACAGGGGUGCUGCCAUUCACGUGACUGGUUUAAGCUCCUGAGUCUGGGAAUCUGAGCCAUCAUCUCCCUGGACUAUUGUGAAAAUAAACCAAUUAUUUCAGACCAAUUUCCUCCUGCAGGUGUUUAUUCUGUCUUCAGCACUGUCUUCUGUCUCAGGGGUGUGCAGACAGCUAAAGAGAGCAGCAAUGCAGGGAACAGCUUUCUCCAGUUCUGCAUUAGCAAUGAGGAGGCAAAUAAGUUCUCUUGGAGGCAGAGGAAGGCGAGAGCUGGGAGUUUGGUUCCUACCCACUUCUAAUUGAGAUUGUGCUGGCAACUAUCAGCCCCAUCCGUUGGUAUUUGGGAAGAAGGAAUGGGAAACUGAACAGCAACAGUGGGCUGUUCCUGCAUAAACUAUUCUGGCAAAAUGCCUUUUAAUUUCAUGUGAGCUGUGCCUGCGAGAAGACGGAAGGAUCAAGCUAUCUUCAAGAAAGAUUAGGAUUUGGAGCCAGGUUUUGGAAAUUGUCUCCUAUCUCAGUAAUGAAUCAGACACCUUAGGUGAAAUUCGGAUCCUACUGAAUAAGCAUUUUAUUUUUUUAUGUUUACCAGGGCCAGGAUUUCACCCCUAACUUCAAAUAUUCCCAAACACUGCUGUGCCUGCAGCUUGGAGCUGGUUGCCAGUGUUACAUCCUAAAAUUGUAGCUCAUUUAUAUUAUCCUUGUAGGACCUGAUCUGGCUCCCCAUGAUGGGAGUUCCAGUGCUGAGUUCAAGAUGAUGGGACUAUCCUUCUUUCACUCUGCUGUGUUACAGAAUUGUGAUAUUUUAAAAGUGAUUCUUCUGAAUUUAUAUUAUUCGUGGUAAUCCUAGAGUGCAGGCUUGGUUUCAUUUACACCAGAAAUAGGAUCCAUUUUCUCUGCCCGGGAAGGAAGACACUCUCAAGGGCUUACUGAUAUUUGUGUGUUUGACUUUAAGGCAGAAGUUUGUUCCUAAUUAAUUGAAUAAGUGCUUUAAUCCCUGGCCUGAGGGCUUCCCAUAGAGCAUUAGCUGUAUUAAGAAGGAAAUGGAGUGUAAUCCCUUUAAUAUAAGCACAGGAGAACAUGAGAGUUUCACAUUUCUGGAAAUAGUUUCUUUCCUUGUUGCAUUAUUUAUUCUAAUAUUAAUUUGCAUCAGAUGCAGUGAGGAUGAAGGGCUUCUCCUCUUUCCUGACACCAGUGCAGAGCUGUCAGCAGCUCACAACCCUUGCCAGAGCAUCCUUGGGCUCCAGUUGCACACUGGUGCCCAACAGUGUGCAGAGAGAAAUAACUUGGAAUUCAGCUCAUUCCGACGGUGCCUGCGAACACAGGUCUGUGACUGGCUCUCCUCCUGGAGCUGAGAUCUCAUCUUCCUGGCUCAUAAGCAGCAUCUACCACUAUUUGCAUCACUGUAGUGGCAGAGAACCUCAUUUCUGAACCAAUGGCUGCACUAGGCUCACAUGCAGCUAAUUGGGCUCUUGGAUUCAGCUCACCAAACCUGGGCUUUCUGGGUUUAUUUCAGCCCCAGCUACAUACCUGGAUUGGUUACAUGAACUGGGCUGAAUGAGCCAGGAAGUCAGGAUGGAUCAGCUCAGAGGGAGAUAUCCUCCUUGUGUGCAUCCAAAAUUAGGCAAGAUUAGUCUUUUUGGUGAAAUGCAUCCAAACCUGGUCAAGGCUUGAUGUUUUUUAAAGACUAAAUACUGCUCUGUGGACCUGGUGUGGUGCUGCUCUCUAUUCAUGGGACAGAGGACUCCAUCUGAGCAUCCCCUGCUGCCUCAUGUUGCAGCUCAUCAGAGGAAGAGAAUGGCGGCAUCUGAAGGGGACAGUUCAGGUGUGCUCAGCCACCCUCUGAGUCCAAGAGGAGAUCCCUGCCUGCCUUAAUUCUGAAAUGUUCCCCAUCUUUCCAUGCAGGGAGGUUCCUGGUUCACCAUGGAGAUGAUGAGGGAUGCAAAGGCCUGGAAGCUGCCACCCGCACUGGACAAGUACAAGAGCAUUUACCGGAAGGACUUCUGCUGGCAGGACGACUACCACUCACCCACCCAGGCACACGUACCGACACCUUCAUUCCUUCCUGUUCCAGACGUGCCCAAGUGCUACCUACCAGAGUGCCAGCCCUCUGACCUGACAACAAGACGGGCAGGGAAACUGGAGAUUCUUGCUGACCCGAUGCACGACCUGUCUUGCUGCCCACCCCUUCCAGCUCCUGCUCUGACAGAUGGAACAGAGGGGGCAUUGGUGCAGAGGGAACUGCCAUCCUCAAACGUGGCCACCUACCAGCAAUUCACUCGGGAUUUGUACCAGGAAAGGCUGUACAAUGCUGAUAAAUACAAAUACCAUAACCUUGGCUCAUCUAUUUUAAUGAAAGACUGCUCUAACCUUGAGUGGAAAAGUAUCUACAAUCAAGAUUACCAGCACCAGACGGGAGUCCAUGGUGGAUUCUAUACAGAGGAGAUAAGGCCUUCUCCCGUUUUCCCUGAAGAGAGCCACUUCAAUUACAGCCGCUGGGUUUCUGAGUAUGCAGACAGCUACAGCAUCUUCCUGAAGAGGCUGGACUGGUCAUCUCCCAUCUCUGCUCAAUGGCUGCCCUUUGGGAAGGAUGCGCGAUGGACACCGCGAUGGAAAGAGUCCACUCACUGAGUGGCGCUAAGGGGGCCGUGCUCUUUGGCCCUCCAAGCUGCCUGUGUGAUACUGCUCAUCAGAGACCCUGAAAGCCUGGGAUACCUCGUCUCUUCCAAACCCACCACCGUGUCUGUCAGAUGUGAAAUGUUUGGCAGAGUGUAGAUGAAGUGCAGAUUAUGAUUAAAAUCUCCCAAGAGCCUCA